AUGGCCCUCCACACAUGGAAUGUGUUUGGACGAUUUAGAGCUGGGAUCUUCGGUGCGUCCACUCUUGAGCUGAAGGCUUCCUUGCCUGAUGUCGAUGAUACCGCAUUCACAGGUCUGGCCACCAUCCUCGGGCUAGGGGUGGCUGUUGUCUGCACUAUUAUGCUCGUAAACGGCUGGGCUGUUUAUCUUUCUCAUCAGAAAGCGGCCAUUUCGUUCUUACUGGCCGUCAACGUAGUUUCCUCUGUUGCGCUGGUAUUGAUGAGUAUUUUUCGUUUCCGGCCUAUUGCGGACCUGGUCCGCGUAGCCACGGCCUUGGUUUUCCAGAUAGGUCUCAUUGUCGUCUUCACUCUCUCCACUCCAACCCUUCCCUGCGUAGAGUCAAGCCUAGUACAAUCGUGCAAGGCUCUCGACUCGAUUAUCCUGUUUGGGUCCUGCUUUUUCUGCGUGCUCAUGUUCCUCUAUAUUGUAAUAUUGAUUCCGACGCUGAAGCAACCCCUUCGCCCGCCUCCACCCCCGCCUCCUAUCUAUCGCGAUCUCAAGCGGUGGCCCACUGAAGGAGACGGGCGCUCCUCCUGCUCCUAUUCAUCGUGGGACAGAAUACCAGAGAAGCCGAUUUCCAAAACCGAUCGCAGCACCUUCACGGAAUCGUACUACCACAAAUUGCAGAGUAAGGUUUCAUCCCCGGAGCGUCCGAAGCCACCGCCGCUCUCUCAAAGUCCCUUGAUGCACAACAAUCCUUUCCUCACGCCUGAAACAGCUCUUAUGGAGCUAUCCAAUCAAGAUUCAACCUACCUCCGCCCAUAUACACCGAUGCAAGCGUCAGAUCCCAACGUCGAAAUCCGAGGCUCCAUGGCUUCAUUUAGUUCCUUCUCUUCUAGGGACUCUGCUGGGACCAGCAUGUUGGAAUAUCCUCGAGCUGCCUUGACCUCUCCUCAGACACCGUCCUAUCACCCCCGACGAACGCGAUCGAUUGAGAGUGCAGCGUUGCUCCUUCCAAAGCAACCGGUGGUGCUCGAUGCUCCCAAACAAGAUCAAAUUCAGGUGAAGAGGGAUAGCGACGUGCUCCCAGCACCUGCCAUCACUUUGACCGAUGCUGAUUUCAUUGGCCCGAGGAGACCUCAGGGCGAGACCAAGCCACUGAAGGUCAAGCGCAGAGUACCGCAGCAAUUGUUCUUGGACGACCAUUUGGAGAGCCUGGCAGAUAGCAACUUCUCUGCCGUUCCCCGUAGUCCAUCGCCUAUAUCUGGUCCAUACUCCCCGAGCUCCUUCCCGGUCACACCCAACUCAGGAGCCCUUCCAUCGCAUCCGCGACUGACCAUGCACUUCCGCGAGCUUAAGCUGGCCAAAGGCGCUCGCACUCUCACCUCCUAA